AUGACGAGAAAUGCAACGCUCAACCGAGCAGGACUCAGGACCCAGGACACUGGCAAGAUGGAACAUUUGCAGGCGCACGUGAAGCGGACGGACAUCACGAGGUGGCGUCUCCGAGACAACGACAGCCGUCACACCUGGCACUACCUCGACGACGACGACGACGACGACGACGACCGCUGGCCGCAGAGCUACGCGGACAAGUACUACCUCGGCCUGCCUUUGGCCGACUUCGUCGCUGACCUCGCCCCGCGGCAGCAUCUCCCCGACCUGCAACGAGCGACGACGUCGCUGGGUGCCGUGCAAAACGCGCUCGUCUUCCUGGAGAAGCUGCAGCUCCCGUCCGGGCACUGGGGAUGCGAGAGUGGCGGCCCCAUGACGUUUUGCGCAGGCGUCGUCAUCGCCUGGUACGUCACCGAGACCGUCAUCCCCGACCGCGUCGCCGCGGAGCUGCAGGCGUAUCUCGCGGCCAGGGCGAACCCUCGCGACGGAGGCUGGGGCAUCCACACCACCGGCGACAGCAACGUCUGCGGCACGGCCAUGAACUACAUCGUCAUGCGCAUCGCCGGCAUGUCCCCCCACGAGCCGCUGCUCGUCCGGGCACGCGAGUUUGUCCGCUCCCGCGGCGGCGCCGUGUACUCGUCGUGCUGGGGCAAGUUCUGGAUGGCCGUCCUGGGCGUCGUCGACUGGGACGCGGUCCACCCGAUGCCCGCCGAGCUCUGGCUGCUGCCGGACUGGGUGCCGCUGCACCCGCGGAGGUUCUUCGCCGAGAUGAGGCUGCCCGGCCAGGCCAUGUCCUACCUGUACUCGAAGCGGUGGACGUGCAGGGAGACGCAGCUCGUCAGGUCGCUCAGGGACGAGCUCCUCACCCAGCCCUACCGGGACGUCGACUGGAAGCGGCACAGGACGACCGUCUCGGAGCGGGACUACAAGCAGCCCAGGUCGCGGCUCGCCGACGCCGUCAACUGGGCAUACGUCAACCUCUGGAAGCCGUACCUGCUGCCCGCGUCUGUCAAGUCCCGGGCCGAGGCCUGGCUGAGCGAGCUGAUUGACGUGCAGGCGAGCAACACGCACCACGGCGGCAUCGCCGUCACCGACCAGCCAAUGUCCACCAUCGUCUCCUUCUUCCGCGACGGCCCCGGGUCCGUGUCCCUGGCCAAACACGUCGAAAAGAUGCAGGAAUUCCUGUGGAUGACCCGGGACGGCAUGCAGAUCAACUCCACCAACGGCAGCCAGUCCUGGGACACUGCCUUCAUGGUGCAGGGCAUAUGUGCGGCCGGCCUGCACCGAGACCAACGCUGGAGGGACAUGUGCGUCGGGGCGCUGCGCUUCCUGGAGAGGCAGCAGAUAAGGCACGACUGCCCCGAGCAGGAAAAGUACUAUCGCCAGCAACGCAGGGGCUGCUGGGCCUUCAGCAACAGGUACCAGGGCUACGCCGUCAGCGACUGCACCGCCGAGGCCGUCAAGGCCGUCAUCACCCUCCAACGCACCGCGCGGUAUCCGGUGCUGCUGGAGGACGAGCGCAUCUUCGACGCCGUGGACUCCAUCAUGCUGUACCAGAACAGCACCGGGGGCGUCUCCGCCUUUGAGGCGCGUCGAGGCAGCACGUAUCUGGAGCUGCUCAACCCUUCUGAGAUUUUCGCCCAGCUCAUGGUCGAGUCUGACUUUGUAGAGUGUACGUCGUCGUGCGUCACGGCCUUGGCCCUGUUCCGACAGCACUGGCCGCGUUACAGAACCCAGGACGUGGACGACUUCGUACGGCGCGGCGUGCGGUGGAUCAAGUCCGACCAGGGAGCUGAUGGCUCGUGGUAUGGGUUCUGGGGUAUUUGCUACACCUAUGGCACCAUGUUCGGCUUGGAGGCCCUGGCUGCCGUGGGCGAGACGUAUGGGAACAGCCCGGCCGCCCGAGCAGCCUGCGACUUUCUCACGUCGAAGCAGCGGCGAGACGGAGGGUGGUCGGAAAGCAUACAGGGCUGCGAGCACCGGAGGUAUACGGAAGAUGCACGGGGCUCACUAGUUGUCCAGACAGCUUGGGCGCUCAUCGGCUUGAUGGCCGGCGAGUACCCGGCCGUGGAGCCGAUGAAGCGCGGCGUCCAAUUUCUCAUGAGCCGACAGCAGGACAAUGGCGAAUGGCUAGAAGAGGCGAUUCCGGGCUCCUUCCAUCAGUUUUGCUCAUUUUCGUACCCCAAUUACAAGUUUUCCUUUACCAUCCGUGCUCUGGGAAAUUUUGCGCAGCGAUACCCGGAAGAAAAGGUUGCGGCAGAGCCCCGGGGGGGCGAUUAA